AUGGCUGGAAAAACUUUCAAAUCUAUUCAAGAAGAACUUGAACAUUAUAAAACAAGAGCUCUUGAACUUGAAGAAAAUUUAGCGGAAACACAAGCAGCUCUUGAAGAAUUUCAGCAAUCAUCAAAGGAACUCGAGGAAGAACUUGAAAGGGAGCUUGAGCAAUCAGAAAAAAUGUGCCGAGAUUUAAAAACCAAAAAUGAACAAUUAAAGAAUGAAGUUGACGUAUGGAAGCAAAAAUAUUAUCAAUCUAAAUCCGAAUCAAACAUCAAUACCACACAAAUGCAAAGAGAGCUCGAUAGCUUACGAUCUCUUAAAGAAAAAUUUAUGAUUCAAACGAGAGAACUUGAACUCCACAAUGAUGAUUUAGAGCGAACAGAACGAGCUGCUCAAUCAUCUUUGAUGGAUCUGGAAAAUAAAUAUAACAAAGCAAUUGAACGAAAUGUUUUACUCGAGAAUGAACUUGAAGGAAAGAAUCAAUUGAUUGUACAAGUACAAAGAUUAAAGGAUGAAUUACGAGAUGUAAAUAUUGAAAUGGCAAUCUUAAAGAACAAACAAGAUGGAGAAUAUGGACCACCAACAGCAGCUGCAGUCACCACCUAUUCGAGACCAAGUUCAGCAAUGUCUGUCGAUAGUCCUCCACCGUCAAGCCCCACUUUCUCCUCACACGCGCAAUCAAAUCCUGUUAUGAUGGUUCAAGAAAUGGUUGGACGAGUAAAGAGUUUGGAAGCCCGUCUUGUCUCGUGUAGAUCACUUGUAACCCCUCUUUUAGCCCCACCUCCAUCAUAUUCUACAACGAUGCCACUUUGCACAUCUCCACCUUCACCCGUAUUCUCAAAACAUCGAGCAGACAUUCCUUAUCGCUCACCUUCAAAACCGCAUCGACGAUCUUCAGCUCAAAAAAAACAAUUCAUGAUACAUACUCCAAUGUUCACUCCAACACCAUUUCAAGUCUGA